UCAUUCACCAUGUUGAGCUUCAGACGGCUCUUUGCCACCGCCAUUGUGCUGGUGGUGGGAUUGCUCUUCUUCGUCAAGACGGCCGAGGCUGCCAAGGGCCCCAAGAUCACCCACAAGGUCUACUUUGACAUUGAGCACGGCGACGAGAAGCUGGGCCGCAUUGUCCUGGGUUUGUACGGAAAGACUGUCCCCGAGACCGCUGAGAACUUCCGAGCUCUGGCCACUGGCGAGAAGGGCUUUGGCUACGAGGGCUCUACCUUCCACCGUGUUAUCAAGCAGUUCAUGAUCCAGGGUGGUGACUUUACCAAGGGCGACGGCACCGGUGGCAAGUCGAUCUACGGCAACAAGUUCAAGGAUGAGAACUUCAAGCUGAAGCACACCAAGAAGGGUCUCCUGUCCAUGGCCAACGCCGGACCCGACACCAACGGCUCCCAGUUCUUCAUCACCACUGUUGUUACCUCAUGGCUUGACGGCCGCCACGUCGUUUUCGGCGAAGUUCUCGAGGGCUACGACAUUGUCGAGAAGAUUGAAAACGCCCCGACUGCCGCCGGCGACCGCCCAGUAAAGACUGUCAAGAUCGCCAAGAGUGGCGAGCUGGAGGUCCCUCCCGAAGGUAUUCACGUCGAGCUCUAAAUCUUAUCUUUACAUGAGCCCCUCACUACGGAUGCGGCGGUUGCAACGGGAGUUGCCGGUACUGAAACUCUUACUGUUGGUGCUGAUGCUGACGCCGCGGGUUCUGGAGGAUUUGGAGCGCUCCGUGUGGUCAUGUAUGCAGCCGUUGGCGCUACCGUCGUCGGCCUCACUCUCCGAUACAGGAAGAAGUCUCGCUCUGUCCAUGAGAAGACCCUGGCCUGAUGUAGUGAGAUAGAUAUGAAGCAGCAUACGUAUAAAAUAAAAUGUCAAAUUUUUGGU